UUUGCACUCUUUAGCAGUGGUGCUACCUGACGGGCCGGGUGCGUAUGUUCCGCAAGAGGUACAGGCAAAUCCAAAAACCAAGAAACGAUGGCUUCAUCUCUUUCCCGAGUCCUUCCUCUCUCUAGGGUUUCGCCUCAUCGCUUCCCUUCUCUCUGCCCCUCCUCCUCCUCCUUCGCCAGACCUCGCGCCUUCAGUCUCUCCGCUUCCUCUCUCUCCUCCGCUGCUCACAUGUCCAGUCCCUCACCACCCGCGCGCCACGACCACCUGCCGUCCCCGAGCGAUUACACCCGCGAUGCCGAUCGCUGGAGGCCAAUGUGCUUGUACCACACCCAGGGCAAGUGCACCAUGACGGAUGAUCCUCUCCACCUUGAGAAGUUUAAUCACCAUGCCGCCAGAGAUCUUCAAGUUAGUGCUGCCAACCUUGAACAUGUGUGCCCUCAAGACCUAGAUCAUUUUUUGGUGCUUGAUUUGGAAGGGAAAGUCGAGAUUCUGGAAUUUCCAGUCUUGAUAAUUGAUGCUAAAUCACUGAGUGUCAUAGCUUUGUUUCACAGGUUUGUAAGGCCAUCACAGAUGUCCGAGACUAGAGUGAACGAGUAUGUCAAAGGAAAAUAUGGAAAAUUUGGGGUUGAUCGUGUCUGGCAUGAUACAGCAAUACCAUUCGAAGAAGUCAUUGCCGAAUUUGAAACUUGGUUGGCUCAACAUCAUCUUUGGGCUAAGGAGCAAGGAGGCAAGCUUAAUCGUGCAGCAUUUGUAACUUGCGGAAAUUGGGAUUUGAAAACUAAGGUCCCUCAGCAAUGCAAAGUCUCGAGGAUAAAACUUCCUGGAUAUUUCAUGGAAUGGAUCAAUCUGAAGGAUGUGUAUCUAAAUUUCUACCACAGAGAGGCCAGAGGAAUGAUGGCAAUGAUGAAGCAACUAGAUAUAUCAGUCUUGGGAAGUCACCAUCUAGGAAUGGAUGAUACCAAGAACAUUGCGAGCGUGUUGCAACGCAUGCUUGUCAAUGGUGCCGUUAUGAGGAUCACUGCAUGGAGGACCCCGAAGUCUCCUGAUAAAGUUCAAUUUGCAUACCAAAAUCGUAUAUAGUUGUCCUUUUGAAUAAGUAAUUUGUGUGUAUUAUGGAGGGCGUUCCGGCUUUUAUUGGGCAAAAGGUUUAGCU